AAAGGGGUGGUGUUCAUUUUCCGUUUUGUGUUAUUUUUCAAUACGCAUAAAUGUAAUAGAUAAUCUGUCAGUCGGUACAUGAUCGUAAUUUCAAUGAAUUUUAUGAGUAAUUUCAGUGAAUUGUGAUAAAAUGUAUGUGUUUUAAAUUGAAUGCCAAUUAUGUAGAACGUGAAGACAGGUGUGUUAGUUGCGACAGAUCUGUGUUUUAUUCGUGUAAAUCUAACCUACAUUAUUUUUAAAAUAUAACAUCGUCUACUUUUUGGAAAUGUUUGCAAAAAAGAAAAAGAAACCUCAAAUAUCGCCACCAACAAAUUUUGAACAUCGUGUUCACACUGGUUACGAUAAACGUGAGGGUAAAUAUGUAGGCCUUCCAUUACAAUGGGCAUCAAUUGUUGCCAAUAACCAAAUAUUAAAGUCAACAAAUCGUCCCUUACCGUUAGUAGACCCAUCAGCAAUUACACCAACGGAAAUAUUAGACUUAAAAACAAUUGUACGGGGUGAUCAUCACAUUGAGAAUAAAGUAGGCGCUCCGCAAGUACCCUCACACAAUAAUACCAAUUCAAAUGGUUUGAUAUUACCAAAAACAUCAAAUGUUGCUCGUUCGAAUUCGUUACGAUCAUCUAGUCCACCACGAUUGCGUCGAGAUUAUCGUACCAACACAAAUGUUCCACCAUCUGUACCUGAAGAACAGACUGUGGGGCAAAUAGGACAAUUACCGCCAAAUCAAUAUCCAACUUUAAGACGUGAUCCAGCAUAUGCUAAACCACAAUUGAGAGCGCCAAGUGUUCAAGGUGAUUGGCAUGGUCAUCCACAAGUUCAUACGCAUCCGCAUCAUCCUCACACGAAUAUAUCACCGGAAACACAUCAUCAACAUCACACUCACAUAAACGGUAACACGGAUACUUCGGCAUAUCUUGGAUAUAAUCAUCAAAAUCAACCAUCACCUGUCGGUUCAUUAGCGUCAUCUGGACCUCAAAGACCAUUAUCGCAACUUAGUGGGCAUUCUCAUACCGCUUUAGGUUCACAUCAAAGUUUAACUCAAUUACGCCCGUCCCCUGAUCAAAAUCAAAAUGUAAAAAAUCCACCGAAUUCUAGUGGGGGUGCCAUGGGUCAAGUUCCACAUCACAAUGCCAUGAAUCAACCUCCACAAAAUAUGAAUCAAAAUAUGAAUACCCCACUUCCAUCCAACAAUUCUGUAGUAAACGCAGCGAAUGCCAGUAAACAACAUCACGAACAAAGAUUGACACAUGAACAAUUUAGAGCAGCUUUACAAAUGGUUGUUUCAGCUGGUGAUCCACGUGAAAAUUUAGAUCAAUUUAUGAAAAUUGGUGAAGGAUCAACUGGUACCGUUUGUAUAGCUACAGAUAAACGAACAGGUCGACAAGUGGCUGUUAAAAAAAUGGACUUACGAAAACAGCAAAGACGUGAAUUGUUGUUUAACGAAGUUGUAAUUAUGCGUGAUUACCACCAUCCAAAUAUUGUGGAAAUGUAUGAUAGUUUCUUAGUACAAGAUGAAUUGUGGGUAGUUAUGGAAUUCUUAGAAGGUGGCGCUUUAACGGAUAUUGUAACGCACGCGAGAAUGGACGAAGAACAAAUAGCAACUGUUUGUAAACAAUGUCUAAAAGCAUUAGCAUAUUUACAUUCUCAAGGUGUUAUACAUCGUGAUAUUAAAUCUGAUUCAAUACUCUUAGCUGCGGAUGGUAGAGUUAAGUUAUCUGAUUUUGGUUUUUGUGCACAAGUUUCGCAAGAAUUACCAAAACGUAAAUCGUUAGUGGGAACACCAUAUUGGAUGUCGCCCGAAGUCAUAUCACGUCUUCCAUACGGCCCAGAAGUAGAUAUUUGGUCGUUAGGAAUUAUGGUUAUUGAAAUGGUUGAUGGAGAACCACCAUUUUUCAAUGAACCGCCCUUACAAGCAAUGCGACGUAUUCGAGACAUGCCACCACCAAAAUUAAAGAAUUCGCAUAAAGUGUCAACUAGAUUACAUAGUUUUCUUGAGCGAAUGCUUGUUAGAGAUCCAGCUCAACGUGCGACGGCAGCUGAACUUUUAGCACAUCCAUUUUUACGGCAGGCAGGUACACCGGCAUUACUCGUGCCUUUAAUGCGUGGAGCAAGGCAUAGUAAUUGUUGAGAAUUUUUGUAAAAAAUGUCCAAUCAUUCAGGGUAACGAAAUAUAUGGUAAUAUUAAUCAUUUGUGUUUAGAGAAAUUUUUGAAAAUGUGUUUAUUUGAAAAAUAAAUGUGCUUUCAUGGUUUUUAUCUUAGUGCAGUGUUUAAUUUAUGUGCAAAAGAAACUGCAAAUUCUAAGAUAAAAUUAAAAUUUUUCUGGGAAAUUUUGUAAUCUAUGAAGAGUCAAAUCACUUUGUAAUCACCAAAAUGAUUUACUCGAAAACAAAUUUCGCAUUUUACAAGAUGCCAUAGAAAGGUAGAUCAAAGAAACGGCAAUUCAUUUUCAGGGAUAGAAAUCAAACUUACAUAUUAAAUCUUAAAAUGAAAUUAGUGCCUAUUAUAAUCUGGCCUUAACUUGUUUGGGUUAUUGACUUAUUGUCGCAAAAUCAGAUCUCAGAGUUUACAAUUUCAAAUAUUUACUAUUUACAUGAAAUUUAUAGCGUUUUUUAACAUAAUAAUUAUAGCCGCAGGAUAGUGUAGAUGAGCCUAGUCGAGUAGAGAUAUUGCAAUCAGAAUAUGAGCGUCACCAUUUUUAUUCAUAGAAAGAAAAAUUAAUUAUUCAUUUGUAUAAACUAAUCACAGCUUAUUAUCUUCUGACCAAAUUAUGAUUCCAGUGCCUUUAUAUUUGUAUACAGAAAGAGAAACUAAAAUCACGGUCUAAGCACUACUUUUAGUCGAUGAAUAAUUAAAUCAAUGGAUUAGCAAAUAGCAAUCUAUAAGAAAGACUUGCAAGAAGUUAUUGGCUUGCGUGGCUAAACCCGGAGCACUAAUCGUAACUUAUAUUGUAUUCAGCCUAUAAUAAAAUUUUAUCUUCUAAUAAAUGCAGUGUCUGCAUAUUUAUUACAUGUUGCAGAGUGUAAAAAGUCUCCAGUGCGCUAUUCCCCUUAUUCAUACGCUCCAAUGCUGAAAUUAUGGUAAAACCUUAGUUUUAAAUAAAAAGCUGUGUAGUUCGACGAUAUCGAUGAAAUUUAAAAAUUGUGCCUGGCUUUUUCGAUUAUAUUGAUCGAAAUUAUCAAUGACGAAGCGUUUUAUAUAAAUUGAUAAGAAUUAGGUC